CACAGUCGUAUACCUCUCGGGUGUUCCACCUUCGUCCAAAUCUGGCGCGUUGACGAAGAGCACUUGGAACACACGCGGAUGGACGGUUCAGGAAUUCCUCGCUCCCAAUGUCAUUUUAUUUUACCAGAAGGAUUGGACUCCUUAUCUCGGCAAUCGCACUCAAAACCACAAGGAUUCUGUUGCGAUCAUGCAGGAGUUAGAAUACGCGACGGGCAUAGAUCGACGAGCCGUCGUGGCCUUCCGUCCCGGGAUGAGAUGCGCCCGAGAGAAACUUCAGCGGGCGUCGACACGUAUUACCACAAUGCAAGAAGACAUCGCAUAGUCCCUAUUCGGCAUCUUCGGUAUCACACUACCUGUCAUGUAUGGCGAGAAGAAGCAGAACGCACUCGGGCGGUUCCUGCAAGAAAUCAUAGCUCAGUCGGGCGAUAUUACUGCCCCGGACUGGGUCGGAGAACCAUCGGAAUUCAAUAGCUGUCUACCAGCCGACAUCACUUCAUACGAAACUCCACCAUGCAAACUGCCAUCUCUAUUUGAAGAUGAGAUUCAGUCAUUGGUCUCCUCGCUGCGAGGUGUCGUGGCUCUAGACAUGGCUUCGAUAUUGUAUCAGACAGUUGAUUACCUGAGCGCUCCCCGUUUUGCGUACCGUCGGUUGCAUUUGCCUUGCAUCAUAUUUCUAGUCACAGAUGCUAUGCGAAAGCAAAGUCGAGACCAGGAUCCCACAUAUACAUAUGACCUCGAAUCAAAUGGGCUUCAUGACCUGCAGAUUGCCACGGCAGACAAGUUGAUCCCGUUCUCGCGCGCAAGGCCGCCGCCUGCCUGGCAGACAAUCUUGCUUGUUCGUCCAUGGAGCCGCAAUCUCCUGGAGUUGUAUGACUCUGCAGACGAUGCACACAGCGUGGAACUUGAGACCAUGCCCAAGUCUCCGUCGCACGAUUCACUCCCUGCACAAACUGAGCCGAUUUAUUCGGAAUCUCAUUCGCGAGCAUUGCGAUUGAUCGUUCGCCUUGGACAACCUUUUUUGCAUUGUUGCUAGCGCGGCAGCGCGACGGAGAAUCCAAGAGGAUUGCAUCCGAUCAUGAUAUCAUUGCACAGGUUAAAGACAUGGC